GCCGCGCUGCAGUAAACAACGCUCGAUAAUUCGCUCCCGAAAUUCCGCGCGUGUGCUCGAAAUAGUUUAAAUCGUGUGCGUGCGUGUGUGUGAAUAUAAUAAUAAUAAAAUAGGAAAAGCUAAUUUUCACAAGCAAUUUACAGUAAAGCUUCUAUAAAUAGCCAACGUACGAGGAACGCACGCAUUUUUCCGGUUAUCACAGGCCAAACGACGAUAAUGCCGGUAAAGGAGAUACUCCAGCGGUGCAGGCCGAUCCCCCUGUACACUGUGCUGGUGCUAUCGAUCUGCUACUUCGUGCUCCAGCUGAUCCUCAGCCACUUGACGCACGGACUCACUCUACUGAUGGCAUCCCAUCACAUGUUGUGCAACAUUUUUGCACUCGGCGGCUGCGUUAUCACGAUUAAGCAUAGUAAACAAAAACCGGAGUCUCAAAAUCCGCCUCUUAUUCAGACCAAGGUCAAUGGCAAUGGAGCGGGGGUGGUUGUCAACCUGGCCGAAACGGAUGCACAAAACCAGGCUAGACGGGAGCAGAAGCUACGAAAUACCUUCGGUUGGGCCAGGAUCGAUAUAUUGACCAUGCUGAUUGUGUUCAUUAUCCUGGCGUCGUUAUCCUUUUCGUUGGUUGUGGAGGCUCUGCAAACUCUAGUCCACAUUGACCACCAGGAUACGAUGCAUCUCCCGAUACCCGUGAUGAUGCUCGGUUUUGUGGGACUAAUCCUGAAUGGACUUACAUAUCUGCUGAUUGGAGGAUACACGUUGCAUCAGGGAAGCUUUCUGCACUUGACACCUGGAGGAAAUGUUGUACUUGACAGACCCAUGUCCAGCAAUUUGGAUCUAUCUCUCACCCCAAUGCAAAAGCAACUCAGUAAAUCCCGGAAUGAUCGUCAGUUACGCGAGGAAUUGGAGGCAGAGGUGGGUAGUGUUUACUUCGCCACCAAACGCCAGGGAGCCGUGGAAAUGCUGCGCGAUGUGUCGAGUACUAUCUUUGUGAUUGUUUGUGCCGCAAUCGUAUAUGUGGCCGAGGAUGAGCAGCACACAGCCAAGUUUAUUGAUCCCGUGCUCUCCAUUUUCUCCUGUGUACUUCUGGUGACGCUCAGUUACCCUUACAUGAAAGAAUCCUGCCUGAUCCUACUUCAAACCAUUCCGGGUUCCAUCGAUCUGGAGAUCUUUGAGAGAACACUGGUCACUAAAUUUCCGGAGAUUAUCAGUUACCAUGAUCUGCACAUAUGGCAGUUGUCCGCCCAUCGAUACGUGGCCACAAUACACAUCCAGUUCCAGAAUCCCAAACUCUACCUCAAGAUCAUCGAACAGGUGCGGGCAUAUUUCCACGAUCAAGGAAUCGGAGCGGUCACAAUUCAACCGGAGUUUUAUCCGUCCACCAACAAAAACGCCUCUGCCUCUCUGGAAUGCCUGAUGCAAUGUCAAGCGGCGGAAUGCAUCGAAAAAGUUUGUUGCCGGGAUUCCCGUUCCGAUCUCCGUGAGGUUUGUGAUACUCCCGGAGGCAGAAAGUCAUCUUCUUCAGACAAAUGUCAAGACCACGAUCAUGGCAGGGUUAAAUCGAAAUCCUGCGCCGAACUGAGUGUAGUGGUUGUUGAGAAACCCAAGGAACUGAAUGCAGCACAGCUGUUAAAGGGUCAAGAUCAGGAGGUGGCAAAAUCUAUGCCUAAACUGCAACAUACGCCAUCGGAUACGGAAGCGACCUGUUUGGGUACAUCUUCAUCGAAGGAAGAUACAUUCGAAUCAAAUGACAGUCCACCUCCUCUAACGACUAGCGAUUGAUUCACCUUAAAUAACUAUAGUAUUGAAUCAAGGCUUAACGAUUUUAGCUAGCUCUUAAGUAAGUUUACGAAUUUGCCAUAUAUCUGUUGGAGCUCCUUUUUUAAACGAGACGCUUUAUAGCACUGGUAGGCUAACUUGAUCACAACAGCUGAGAAUUCAGUAUAGACAUAUAUAUCUGAACCAUUGGACCAUUUUCCAUAUUGUUUUAACUUUAAGAUUUUCUUUGUGAACAUUUUAUGGCACAUUUUUCAUUCUCAACUACGUUUUAUAUUCUAGAAACAAAGCUAAUUGCAUUGAACUAAAAUCUCAGGAUACAAUGAUAACUUUUCGAAGGACAGUUUAUAACCAGGUGCUGUUUCCUCCGCUCUUUUGUGACAAGAAACGAACUAAAUUUUGCCCACCAGUGCAGUUAGUUUACUAAAAAUUUGUUUUAAGUUACAUUUACUAUGUAUAUGUUGUACUAUAUAAGUCUUAAAUAUUGACAACCGAAAGAUUACAAAAAAUAUAUCAAUUUGACGUGUCAUUA